UUAUGUUUAAGUUGCAAGCCUCAGCAUCAGCUGUGGCCCGAAAAAGGCAGAGAUGCGCAUGCGUUUUGCCCACUCCAUGACCAAGUGGGCAGAUUGGGGCCAAGACCAGCAAAAAAUCGAUGGCAUCGCCAGUCGUUGGGCGUCAGAGUGGUCGGAAGCAUGUCAGAGCAGCCGGAGAACAACAGCUACGAGCAGGAGUGCCAGCGGGCAGAGCUGCUGGGUCUCCAGCCGCCGGAUCCUCAAGAAUUCGAACGUAAACGCCAGGCAAGAUUGGAGCACGAGUUGGCUGAACAGGAGGCUGCCGAGGCGGUGCUGCUGGAGCAACAAGACGAAGGCUUAGGCAAUGUGGGUGGUAAGCUGGGCGAGCUCAAUAGCAUCCUGUCCAGUACACAGCAAAAGCUCAAUCGAUUCAAGCAAACAGCAUGUGGCAGUUUGACAAAUAUAUUCGCUCGUGGCAAUUCUGGAUCUGUGGAUCUGUCAGCGGGUAUGGGUGGAUCGUCAUCGAUGGUUAGCCAGGAAGAGCGACCUCCUGUCCAGGAUCAACCUUUGGCCAAGCCACCACCCACGGCCGCCGAAGUAAGCGCUGCCAAGGCUGCCAAGCAGAAGCGAAUGGACUCGCAGCUUGACAAGUUGGAUGCGCUGAUUAACCAGGCGGACAAUGCCCAGAUAGCCAUGAGUGAACAGACCCAGCAGAUGCGUCGCAUGGCCAAGUGAAGUGACUUACCCUUUUGGUUGGAUUCAAGGUGAUCCUCGUCACCUGAAUCUGGCCAGCCUUCAGUCCUCUUCUUUGUUUGGAUGAACACAUGAGUUUCGCUUAAAACUAAACACAAGUUGAGAUUACCCAAAGCGUCUUCAAUCACAUUUAUCGAGUGUGCAGACAGUGCGUGUCAUGACUGUCUGUAGUACCGUCUUUAAGUCCCGGCGCGCACUGAUCCUCCUCCUUACAUUCAUCCUGUUUGACUUUAUACAUUAUAAAUAGGUAAUUUAUAGUUUAUAGUUUACAUCAGAAAGUUUUCAAAAAUAUACCCUUUUUCGUUGUCAUAUUUUGUAUGUUUAAAACUGAAUUAAGGAUGUUUGACAAUAAUAGUUUUCGUUGAUAUAUCUGAGUAGUUAACGUUUUUCUUUAAAUAAUUCUUGUUUUGAGUACAUUUUUUUUUUUUUUUUUUUUUAACAUUUUUAAAGUUUUUUUAAAAACAAAUU